AUGGCCUGUUAAUACGCAAAUGAUUUAAAUGAAAGCAACAGAAUGUUUCUAAUAGACCUCGAGCAUUUAUUACAGGAAAAAAACACUAAUUUAAAAUAUAAUUAUGAGUUAGAAAAAUAUAAAUUAUCCGACCCUGACUAUAAUAUAAUUAAAUUACCCCGUGGCGGAGUGGUAAUAAGAACGAAAAUUGGAAAUAUAUAAUAUGGAUUACCACCUGAGACAAACCCUUUAAAACCUGAAGAAGAUAUUACAGUAGAUACAUUAUUAACAUUUAAAGUAUUUAAUGAUGAUAACUCUUGUAUUAUAAAAGAUAGUAAUAGAAAUAUUAUAAUAGAAAUUAUAAAAUAAAAAAAUUCAUUUAAAAUAAUUGAAAAUUAAAUAGAGAUUGCAGAAAUAGAAGAUGUAGUUAAUCUUUCUUAAAAAAAGCUUAAAUAUAAUUUAAAUACAAAAAGAAGUAAUUCAUUAAUUUAAAGUAAAAAUGAUAUGGAAGAUUAAAGUCCUUUUAAUUUGACAAAACAAUAAGGAACAAUAUAAUAAACUGCUUAGACUUUUGAAAAUUUAACUAUAAAUUCUACAAAUAAUAUUGAUAGUAAAAAUAUGUUGAACUCAUAAUAUAAGUAAUCAGAUUUUAAACCGCCAGAUUUCGGUGUUACAAUAUUAGGAAAUUCACAUGGAUUUGAUCCACACGGUAAUACAUCUGGAUUUAUAAUUUGGAUUUAUGGAAGAGGUAUAAUGGUAGAUCCACCCCCUUAUUAAAAUUAAUAUUUAAAAAGUUUAGGCAUAAACCAUUAAUUAAUAAGUGGUAUAAUAAUUAGUCACUGUCAUGCAGAUCAUGAUGCUGGAACUUUUCAUUAAAUAGUCGCACAUGGAAAAAUAGAGGUUAUAACAACAAAGACUAUAAUGGAUUCAUUUUUAAGAAAGUAUUCAGCGAUUUCUUAAAUAUCGAUAGUUGAAUUGAAUAGCCUUUUUGCAUUUAGAUAAGUUAUAAUAGGUACUAAUAUGCAGAUGUUUGGAGGAUGUUUUAGCUUUUUUUAUUCCCUUCAUACUAUACCAUCUCUUGGAUUUGAAGUAAAAGUUUAAAAUAAGAAAAUUUAUUUUUCGUCCGAUACAUUCUAUAAUCCUAAAGUAUUAUUUUAAUUCUAUUAACAAGGAAAUUUAUCAAAAUAAAGAUACGAUUAAUUUAUAAGUAUAGAUUUUUCUAAAUAUGAUUUAAUUUUGCAUGAAGCAGGUGUUCCUCCUAUUCAUACUCCUUAAUAAAUUUUAGCAGAUUUUCCUUAAGAAAUAAAAGAAAAACUAUACCUAAUACAUAUUGCAGAAAAAGAUUUAUUAUAAAACAGCGGGUUGAAAAUAGCCUAAGUUGGAGUUGAAAAUACUAUUAUAUUAUACUAAAAUAUAUAAAAUAAUGAAGUAUAAUUAAUUUAGAGAUUAGACAUAAUAUCUAAAAUAGACCUUUUUGAAUAUUUACCAUUAAAACAUGCUAAAUAUUUAAUGGAUUGUGUAAAAGUUGAGUAUUAUCAAAAAGAUGAAUUUAUAUUUAAAGAAGGAGAUAUUGGAGAUAAAUUCUAUAUUAUCUAAUAUGGAUAAGUUAGAAUUUAUUCAGAUACUUUCAUUAAAUUAGAUAAAUAUUUCUCUAUAGGUGAUUAUUUUGGAGAAAUAUCUGUAUUAGAUUCUAAUAGUAAAAGAAUAGCAAAUGCUUAAUCUGUAAAUGAAAGUACUUUAUUAAUUUUAGAAAAACAUGACUUUAAUUUUAUUUUUGGUACAGAAAAUAAUGUUGUCCUUAAAAAACUUAAAUAAUUAUCAAAAGUUAGGAAAUCUUAAGCUAUUGAAAUUAUUGAUAAAAAUAGUAUAUUAGAGAAACUAGAAUAAUUUUAAAAAACUGAACUUGAAAUGAUAAUGAAGGAAAAAAAAUACUAAAAAGGUGAUAUUAUAUGGAAUUUCGAUUAAGAAAUAUAAAUUUCUAUUCUUUUAAAAAAAGGAAUUAUUAAAUAUCAUAAAAAUAAUGAGGAAUUUUAAUUAUUAGUAUCAGGUUGUUUUAUUGGGGAUGUAAAAGAUUUACUUGAUAGUAAAAAUCAUUAAAGUAAACUAGUAUGUUAAACUGAUUGUAAUGUUUAUUAAAUAAAUAAAAAAAUUUAAUUAAAUUUUUGUAAAUUAAUCCAGGAAUUAAACUUAUUUUUUAAGAUAAAUAAUAUUUUGAUUGAUUAAAAUAAAUAUAAAAUAAAAUAAUAUAUAUAUAUAUAUAUUAAUAUAUAUAUAUUUUAAUUUAAUAUAAUUUAUUAUUAUAUUGAUUUUUUAAUAUUUGUACUUAUUUUUAUAAAAUAUUUAUUUAAUUAUAUUUAUAUAUAAAAUGAAUAAUAAAAUUACUUUUUUAUAUAUGAAUUUUUUAAAAAAUAUUUAUUUUAUUUUACUUUUAUUAUUAUAUAUAAUUAAAACAAAAUUUAAUAAUUGUAUUACAAUUGA